UACAAUACACACUGCCUAUAUGUCAUGAUCUGACUUUAUUCCGGAAGUUGGGACGGACGCAUUUUAUCUCACUAUUGUUUAGCCAACGUCACAAUUGAUCUGUCCAAAUGUUGCAGUCUCCCGACUUAGUUCUCACAGUCAUUUGUUUUGAAACCGAUUUACAUUGAUUGACUGUGGACAUUAUUUUGAGGAAGCCUUGCCCCAAUAGUGAUGACGACUCGAUUUCAAAACUCCACAAAUAUUUACACGUGAUUCAAUUGUGAGCAUAGGUGAUAUCCCAGAGCUACAUGAUUAUAAGAUUAUCAUACUGCGAUUAAUUCCGCGUAUGCAGAGACCCACUGAUGUACUAGUAAUAAUCUUCAUGCUUUCUCUGUGAUAGUAAAGAGGCGAUGUUUUCUGUUUGUCCCCGACGACUGUCUAUCCACUGGAGAGGUUAUUCAACGAUGGACUAUUUUCAUUUCCUCCUCAUGGCACCUCUGUGGCUUUCUGUAGUUCUUCAGCUUUUGAUAUGCGUGUCAGCAUCGACUCGCGAUGUCAACAUCGGAGAAAAUACAUUUAAGGUGUGCACCACCUCUCUAUGUAACGACGUGAAGUGUGGAGACGUACCAGGUGACCAAACCCCUUGCCAUUGCGACUAUGCCUGUGAGUUCUACAACGACUGUUGCGGGGAUUUCGAAAGUGCUUGCUCUGCGAUGGAAUCUGCAGAGAGCACAAGGGGUUUCUAUGAGACAGUGGACGCUUUGGAAGAAGUUGAUCUGGCGUGCAUCUCUCCGAAUUCAGGUGCGGUAGAUGCCUACUGGAUGAUCCAGUCAUGCCCAGAUAAAUGGAAGGGCGACGUUGUGCGAUAUAAGUGCACAUCAAGGGAGCCUUCGUCAAACACUGAUUUGGUGCUUCUACCGAUGGUACAUGGUGGCGUUACUUACAGAAAUGUAUUUUGCGCUGUCUGCAAUGGGAUUGAGCUUAAUCACGAUAAUAAUAGUAUCACUGGAUGGAAAUUUGAGUUCAAUUGCUUAAAGGAGUAUGCUACACGUCUUGAGUCGAGAAACGUAACCCUUCAGGAACUAAUUAAUUCUGCAAAUUGUGAACCACGUUUCUCACCUCCAACAGAUGUGCCAAAAAGUAGCCUUCGCGCAUGUCUAAACAAUAACUAUGUUGCAAGUUGCCCGACUGAUGCGCCACAGAGUCUACGAGAGGGAUGCAUGUCAUUCAGUAGUGUCUACACAGAUGAUUCGACAGGUCGACUCUACAAGAAUCCAUACUGUCAACUUUGCAAUGAGGGCGUUAUAAGUACAAAUCAGACGAUGAAUGAACACAGUGAGUACUUGGAAAGAAUUUGCUCUUCACCAGAACAGUCACUCACACCAGUCAUCCAGAGCAGCGGCAGAAGCUUUGAUUUUGAUUUAGGAAUUGACGAUGAAAGCUUCAUCGACAAAGAUACCGACAGCGUUUCCUUGAUUCCGAUCUCCGUAAUUGUUGACUUUUCGGGUAAGAGCGGGGUGUCCAUCUUCUAUUCUGAGAACAUAGUCGUAAAAAGGCAAGUGACGUGCAACGAUGGUGAAGUCUUCGAUCUGACAUCUGAUGGAUGUGUAGCCGUCACCUGUGCUGACGGUUAUACCCUCACUGAUAGCAGGUGUGUCAGGGAUUCGCCGUCGUUUAAUCUCACAUGUGGAAACGAAGGAGCUGAUUUGGAAUUAUCACUGACUGCGGUGAUAUUGACAGCGCUCAAUGAGACAUAUCUUCAGUCAGAUAUUGAUCAGUUGGACCGUCUUACGAAUUGCAUUGCUACCAGCCUCCUAUUGUCCAACGAUUCUUUAAUCUUCAACGAUAAGAUUUCAUUGGAUAAUAGCACUAAUUAUUCUGGAAGCAUUUCUGACCACACGAAUAUCCCGCAAGAAGGACACGUGUACAUAUCCGUAGAGUACAGAGUUGACGCAAAGGCCAUUACGUAUGCCGAACUUGAAGAAUCCAUCGACAGAUCCCUUCUGAAUGUUUAUCAGUCGUCGUUGGGUUGUUCAAUUCAGAAGGUUGAAAUUUCACAAAGAUGUAUCGCAGUAGAAGGACUUCACAAAUGUCAAGACGGCCAUGAGGAGCUUUUAGACCCUUCAUUUCAGACUUUUAAUGGCACAUCAUUUGUUUACGACAAUGAAACAGGUGAUCUGUACCACCCCUAUGAAACGGAGUUGGUAGCGAGCUAUGAUCGUCAAGAUUCAUUACCCAUUCAGAGUUUCCAUAAGAAUGAAGUGGUUCGUAUCUGCGAUCGAGGAAAUGUUCUUUCCUGUCCGCUGAUAACUCGAAAUGCAUCAUUGUUCACAACAGUUACAGGAAAGGCGCUCUUUCUUAGAGAUAGGAAGACCGAGGAUUUGAUUGGUCCAGAUGAAUAUAUGCUGACAUCAGACGGCAACAUCCAAGUUUGUGUGCCAGUGGGCUCUGGUCAAAAUGGAACAGUGAACGACACUGUUGUGAAACAUUUCUUUCGGUAUGAUCAGUCACAGAUUAUUCUUAGCUAUGUUGGUGUGUGUUUGUCGCUACUUGCGCUGAUCGUCACCUUUCUGACGUACAGUACCUUCCCUGUCCUCCGGCAGUGCGUCAGCAAUAAACUCAUUAUGAUCCUCUGUGUAGCUCUCUUUGCUGCUCAACUCUUCCAGUUACUGAAUGGUCUUGCAACAGGGGAUGAGGAAACAUGCAUGAUUGUAGCAGUCGUGGGUCACUUUCUUUGGCUCUUAGUUUUUGCCAUGACAACCGUUCUAGCGAUUGAACUGGAUAGGACUUUUGGCAGUUUGAACAACUUCACCGUGUCGUCAGACAGCCUCAUAUCGCUUUUGAAAUAUUCAGCAUUCGCCUUUACAUUAUCCAGUGCAAUCGUGGGCACAUGCGUUGCAAUUCAUUUCACAAUAGGCGAUGAGAUAAACUUUCAGUAUGGGAGUGAAACUCUAUGUUGGAUCGGUGAUAGAACUGUAAAUCUAAUAGCAUUCGGUGGCCCACUUGCCGUCUUUUUGUUCGUCAACACAAUUUUAUUUGCGCACACGGUCCACGGAAUAAGACACGUGACCAAGGUCCGAAAUCGCGCCAUCCGACAUGCCAGCACCCUCAAGGAAAGGGGAAAGGAGCUACGGAUAUAUUGGAAGAUUUCAACAUUGUUGGGUUUCACCUGGCUGUUCGGGUUCGUAGCAGCCUUUGCCGGCGUGUCAGCCCUGUGGUAUGUCUUCAUCAUCCUCAACUCUCUCCAGGGCGUCUACAUCUUCCUGGCUUUCAUGGCCAAUAAACGAGUCUUACAUCUCUGGACCGGCGUACUGUGCUACAGGAGACGAGGUGGAGCGCUUAGGAAGCACGGGAAAGGCCAUCGCAGCAGCGGCAAAUCAACGACGUUGACGCUGGUGGCAGGAACAGUAUCGACGGCAACGGAUCACAGAAUAUCCAACCAAUUCACAACUUGGAAUUCAUCAGACGUGUCAAAGGUGUAAAUAGUCACACUGAGUUGACAGGGUUGUCUGCAAACGGAAUAUUGACAGACUAUCAUCCACUAUAGUUGCGACGUCGAGCAAAAACUGUACAGCUUUUACGGUUGCCAUAUUUCAGACAUUUUAAUUUAAUGGCUUCGUCACCACGACACCUGAGACACGAAAUCUGAGAUCGUAUCCAUGAAUAUAUCGAUAACUUUACCCCACCUUAUAUGUCAUGUACAAAAGAUUAUUGGAGUUUUGAGAAAAAAUUCAAUGAAUAAAAAAAAUCUUAUUCUUUUAUCUACCAUGAGAGCAAGUGUAGUGUUACCCUUGAUACCAUUUAAGCCUUUUUCUACUCCGCCUAUUUGUGAAUCGAUCACUCUGAGAAUUUAGAUGUCAUCAUGUUCAUGUUUGUUUGUUCAUUUAUUCUAGAAAUUACCUGUUAUGGUUUGUUAAUUGUUGAUUGCCUUUAAGUGUGCGAAUACAAAUAUUGCAAAAAAAAGAGAACAAAAAGGAACAGGUCGGAGAUAGUAUGGCAUUACUUGAGAUCCAUUUUACACGCGCCAGCUCCCCUAAAAUGAAGAUGUUUGAUUUGCCACUUGACCCCCCCCCCCCCCAUUAAAAAAACAAGGGGGAUCCCUCACCCUUAAUUUAUUUUCCAUAACCCAUUUCACAUCAUGGUAUCAUACUCGAGCAAUUAUAAUAUUUUCGACUACAAUUAUCAAAAAAUGUAGAUAAAGUUGAAAAAAUGUGAGCUUAUAUUGUCACAUCUGCAACCUUGUACAUAUUUGUGUGUUAUAAUUGAUGUUCUUAAAGAAAUGUAGAUUACAUGUCAGUUGCACCGAGGAAAGUAAAUACAGUAAAACAAUUAAACAAACAGUCUUAUAUAGUACAACAGGUUGCAAUAUUGGGUCACUCCUUUAAAUAGGGUAUCAUCCAAUAUAAGGAAUACGAAGUAUGAACAAAGUAUGAAACUUCAUGUCCCAGGCAAAUUUGUGUUAGGCCUAUUAAUGAUCCUCAAUAAUAUGAUUUCAGUUUAAUGAAAUCUGUGAUUACGGAUUCGCACUAGGUUUCAUAUACGUUAUAAAUAUUUGUUUGACUUGACCUUCAAAGUGUAUUUUUUUUAUAUGACGAUGAAUAAAUAAAUGAUUUGAAUUUAAUUAUUAAAGUCGAAUGAAGUGUGUUUUGACGCAAUUCAAUGUUGACGUAAGAUUUUAAGGUGAUUAAGAUUGUAAAAGUAAAAUUUAAAAAAUCAUUCACUCCUUGAACAAAACGUCGACAAUGUAACGUGUACACUUAACACUUGUGUUGUGUUAUAGGAAUUUGUUAACGUAUAAUAUUACAUGAAUUGUAGUCCUACUAGUAUAUGGUACAAUAGUGUUGAUGGAAAAUACAUGUAUCAUGUUUCGUGAGAAUAAAUGCCACUUUGAUCUUAUUAAA